UUUUUUCUCGGCAACCAACCAAACCCCUCUUAAAUCUAAAAAAUUUUCCAGGGAAAAAAAGGCUGGAAAUUGGUUACUCAUGGACAGGUUAGUGAAAGCAGAUGUUAAUGGAAUCGAAUUAGCGUUCAUUAGAGGUCAAAAGAUAUCCAAAACUUUCACUUUAACAAAUCUUAUGCACACCAUGUCCGUUGCCGUUUCUUUAUCCACAAAAAACCCAUCUUUCUUCUCUUUCAACAAGCCAUUCUCCAUCAUCCCUCCCCUUUCAUCUUCAUCCUACACUCUCCUCUCCCAGCCGUCCAAUCAACCUCCUUUGACUGACCCUCCCGAUGCCAUCACCGUCAAAACCUCCAUGGUUCCUUUGGGGAAAGCCAAUCACGAUGAUCUCUGCCGUCGGUUUUCCAAGCCCGGACCCCACAUAUUCAAGGACGCCACUUUGCCGAUCACCUUCCUGGGUCCUCAAGUGAUCGAGCAUCUCAUUUCCGGUAAUACCACAAUUUCAGAUAUCGAUCUCUGCUUGAACAACGCAAUUUCUGGGUGUUCUGGGAAUCAGCUCACUGUGUUACUCAAAUCCGCUGCGGUUUCAGGGAAAACCUAUCUGGUCCGUACGUUAAUCGAUAAUGGUGGAGAUGUAAAUCAUAAGGACUCUAAUGGAAGAUCCUUGAUCUCCCUAGCUGUUGAAGCCGGGUAUCUUGAUGUUGUCAAUGUCUUGAUUUCCUCUGGUUGUGAAAUUGAUAACUCAAUCGACCACGUUUUUCACUAUGCAGCAGCAAUCAACAGUGUGGAUUUGAUGGAUGUCUUGUUUCGAGCUUAUGAAAACACUGAUUUGAUCGAAUCAGUCGAUUUUCACGGCAGAACCCCAAUCCACAUAUCUGCAAUCCACGGACACACCCAAGUGAUUCGAUUUUGUUUAUCAGUAGGUGCAAGCCCUGAUGUUUUAGAUAUCAACAAAUGCACCCCACUUCAUUUAGCUGCCAAGGGAGGUCAUUUAGACACCGUGGAAUGCUUGUUAGACGCAUCAAAUUACACCAAAUACGCAUUGAACAAAGAAGGGAGGACCCCUUUCGCACUCGCCUUCGGAAACGACUGUUCGAAUGUGUAUGAUUCGUUGCAAUUAAGUGAUGCUUUGAACCGUGCAGCGAGGGUUGGGGAUGUGAAUGGGAUAAAGAGUUGCAUUGGUAAAGGGGCGAAUGUGAAUGGGAAGGACCAGAAUGGGUGGAGGCCUCUACAUAGGGCGGCAUUCAAAGGCAAACUCGAGAGUGUUCGGACUUUGCUCGGAUACGGUAGCGAGGUUAACGUUGUCGAUGACAAUGGGUAUACACCGUUGCAUUGUGCGUUGGAGGCAGGGCAUGUUGAAGUUGCUUUGUUGUUGAUCGGACACGGUGCUUAUGCUAAAUUUGAAGAGUCUCAAAGGUAUAGGGAUGAGGGUUGGUUUGAAAUCCGAUGGUUGUAAGAAUCAUCGUUGUUAUCAGAGUUGUAUUGUUCAGCCUUUGCG